AAAACUUCGUUGUGUUUUCUCCAAUACCCAUACAUUCGGCUUUCAUACGUUAUUCUGAUUUCGCUGCCGUCACAUCAUUUGGAACGGGGAACGUGUGAGUCGCGGCAUAAUUCAUUCCUUUAGCUGCUUGGUGUUGUGAUAUUUUGAGAUAAUUGGAAAAGAUUCGAAACGAUAUUAACACAAAAUGAAGAACUACAUGCUGAUUUUAUUAUUGGUUUUGCCAACCAUAAUCUGUACAUUUAACGGACCCAACAAAUUCUCAGCUUUUGCUGAAGAUGCUGCGGAAGACGAUAUUGUGGAAGCCGAUGGUGAUGAUGGUUCUGUGACUGGCGAAGAUGCUGAAGCUGAUGAUGAUUCGGAACCCCUGCAAACGACGUCGCCCUAUGCUGAUACUUUCCUGUUGUUCACUAAACCUACUUACACUGCUGGCCAACAACUCGAUUUGCCCGGAGGCAAACCUGUUGAAUUUUUGAUUGGCUUCACCAACAAGGGUCCCAAUGACUUCGUUGUGGAAUCUGUUGAAGCUUCCUUCCGCUACCCCAUGGACUUCAACUACUACAUUCAAAACUUCUCUGCCAUUGCCUACAAUCGCGAAGUUAAACCCGGUUCUGAGGCUACUGUGUCGUAUUCGUUCAUGCCCUCUGAUCAAUUUGCUGGCCGUCCCUUCGGCUUAAACAUUGCCAUGAACUAUCGUGAUUCUAAUGGUGUGCAAUUCAGUGAGGCCGUCUUCAACGAAACCGUUUUGAUUUCCGAAGUCGAUGAAGGUCUUGAUGGCGAAACCUUCUUCUUGUAUCUCUUGAUGGCUGGUGUUGUUGUACUUCUUUUGGUUAUCGGUCAACAAUAUCUGUUGGGCUCUUCCGGCAAACGUAAGCGCUCUGCUGCCAAGAAGACCAUUGAGACUGGCAGUUCCAAUGACAGCUCUAUUGACUACGAAUGGCUGCCACAAGAAACAUUGCGUGCUUUGCAAAAAUCUUCACCAAAGGCCAAAACUCCCAAAACGUCACCAAAAGCUGCAAAGCAGAGCAGUCCCAAACAAACACAAAGUCCCAAACCCAAAAAGGCUGUUAAACAACAAUAGGAUGUAGAUUUUUAAAUAACAUCAUCAAACAACUUCAAAACCGCCACCACCACUCACACCUCAACAACCUUCAUUUAAAUUAUCAUUUCAUAUCAGAGUUGUUUUCUUCCGGGAAUUUAUGAGAUUUUGUUACUAUGGAAAAGUGUUUCAGUGCGUGGAUGGAUCAACAACAUUCGAAACACUAGUCCGUGUUUAAAGAUGAGCUAUAAACAACUACUGUUUUUUAAGCUGACUUUUUUAUAUUUAAUGUAUUGUCUUCAUUUAUAGAAGACCAUUUUCCUUAUUGUGUUUUUUUGUAAAAAAUAUAAAGGAAAAAAAUGUAAAAAAGAGCCUUCCCCUUUUCCAAAAAAAAAAAAAACAUUUUAACGCGUGCUGUUCUUAUGUUUCGUGUGUUAGGAGAGAAUGUAAUGUAGAAAUUUAAUCAAUCACUUCGAAACUUCUUUUUUUCAUUUUGUAAGUCAAACUUAAUGCCCUGACAUUCUUUAAAAAAGCUUAGAGUAAUUAUUUUUUAAUAAAAAAAGGAAAAAAACUAA